AUGUUUACUCAACCAGUGGUUUCCACGCCUACGGGCCCGCCACAGUCCUCCUCCACAUCCACCUCAAGACCGAGUCGUCUCCGAGGUUUGAGCUACUUGCGUAACUAUACACAAAAUCAUUUAUUGUCUCGCGACAACCACCAUAACAGCUCCAGUUCUGGAUCAGCAGGCGGCACAGGCACAGGCACAGCAAGCGCACGAAGCACGUCCCCUAAUCGACACGGCUCUAGCCUCACGCGAUCCCUCAGCCAUUCGCCUACUACAAGUGGACCAUCCACUGGAACCCAGAACACCAACCACUUGACACUCGUCAGUUCGACACCCGAUCCCGUGAGGAAUUUGACAUCGGCGACCACCACAACAUCGAUACCUGCGCUGCCUCCUACUUCUGUUCCUGCUUCCGCUUCCGCUGCUACUGACGCUGCUACAACAAAUUCUACUGAAUCACAAAAGGCUUCCUCACAGCACUCUGCCGACAUCAACGACCCCGCUACCACUGCACCAGAAUUCUCAAUGACUGCAGAUACUCAAGCCUCCGCAGCCGCAGCCGCUGGCGUAGUCGACUCGAACCAUGACCAGCCUACCAUGACGAGAUCGCGAUCAGCCACCACUGGCGAAGGGGGCUCGUCGACUCCCGAAACUGCCCCAUCAAUUCGCUUCUCAGCCUACUACGACCCGCGCUCUACCCGCCCGUCCCUGACAUUCCCUCCUAUUUCCAGAACUCUGCCCACAGGGUCUGAGAAGAUUCGUGUUGGCCGUUACUCAGAACGCGAUAGUCACUCCAUGUCGAAUAUGCCUGGUAACCAGCCAUCAGCUGCACCAGUGGGUUUCAAGAGCAAGGUCGUCAGUCGUCGCCACUGCGAGUUCUGGUACGAGGAUGGAAAAUGGUAUAUCAAGGACGUUAAAAGCUCUUCUGGUACAUUCCUAAACCAUAUUCGCCUAAGCCCACCGUCUCAGGAAAGCAAAGCUUUCCCCAUCAACGAUGGAGAUAUCGUACAACUCGGAAUUGACUUUAAAGGUGGAGAAGAGAUGAUCUUCCGCUGUGUCAAGAUGCGACUAGAGUUAAACCGUGGGUGGCAGAACAAGCUUAACACAUUUAACAUGGCGGCGCACAAGAGGUUGCAGACGAUGGCUUCUAGUGGAGCAGCUGGUACUAACUCUCAAGAUUGCUCCAUUUGCUUGAGCUCUAUUGCUCCCUGCCAAUCUUUAUUUGUAGCACCCUGCUCUCACACCUGGCAUUUCAAGUGUGUGAGAUCGCUGCUCAAUUCCCCGCAAUACCCCAUUUUCAUCUGCCCCAACUGUCGAGCUGGUGCCGAUUUAGAAGCUGAUGUCGAUGAACUGGCCGAAGAAUGGCAGCAGCUUAAGAACGAAGCCGAGGCAGAAGCGUCAACUCCAGCUCAAGCCGACACCGAGCCAGAGACGGAUCCGGUCCCUGCUGCUGCUAACUCGGGAACUUCGACACCGGAGCGAUCGCACACAGCCGACAUAGACCACAUGGACGUCACUGUCAACAUCACACCAGAAACACCUCAGCGAAAUGAAGUUAGCCAUGCUAUAUCCGAGCCGUUACCUAUUAGAAAUGUGGCCUCAGCUCCACGAAGAGUUGGCCAGCUGGGAGAUAGCCGAACACCGUCACCUCCAGGCGGCACUGAAGGACCAAUCACUCCGCGAAAUAACGUUGGACCGUGGGUUUUUGAUGGCAGUGCCGGCCGUACAGUGAGCGCCACAGAAGGCGAAAUGACAAGUAUAGAUGCUGCAGCACAGCCAGAUACAAGCGAACACGACACCACGGACCCUACAGAACUUGACCGAGUCACAACUCUUCCCAAUGGCCUGCGAGUUGCAUCAGAAGCCCUCCCCGGAUCCUUCGCCGGCGUAGGUGUGUAUAUCGAAGGCGGUUCUCGAUUCGAAAAUGACUCUCUCCGCGGUGUAUCUCAUAUCAUGGACCGUCUUGCUUUCAAAUCGACAUCGAAGCGCUCCGCAGAUGAUAUGCUCGAGCAGGUCGAGGCCUUGGGUGGAAAUAUUCAAUGUGCCUCUUCAAGAGAGAGCAUGAUGUACCAAGCCGCAACCUUUAACAACGCCGUUCCCCCGACAAUUGAACUUCUCGCCGAAACGAUUCGCGAUCCUCAAAUUACGGAGGAUGAGGUAGCAGAGCAGAUCGAGACCGCGCGAUAUGAAAUCCGAGAGAUUUGGAGCAAGCCCGAACUUAUCUUGCCCGAGCUGGUACACACUGCUGCGUUUAAGGACAAUACGCUCGGAAAUCCGUUGCUAUGCCCGGAGGAGAGGUUAGGCGUUAUUGACAGAAAUACUGUUUUGGCGUACCGAGACCUCUUCUACAGACCUGAGAGAAUGGUCGUAGCCUAUGCUGGAGUCGAGCACGGAGAGGCUGUCCGAUUAACCGAAAAGUUCUUCGGCGAUAUGAAGAAGGGUAGCGAACGUGUCCAAGAUAUCACGGGCUCUGAGACGAGUGAGAGCGAAGUAUCGGAUAGCGAGGCCAGCUCAUCCUCAGCGUCUUCAUCAUCACAGUCCUCCUCAGGCCUACUCUCACGAUUUUUCAAGCACACCCCUUACGCUUCUCGAAACCUUCAGAACCUCCCCUCUCAAAACGACAUCACAAAACCCUCUAAAUACACCGGAGGCUUCCUCUCACUCCCCGCUCAACCACCUAAUCUGAGCGGUCUCCCCACUUUCACACACAUUCACCUCGCUUUCGAGGGUCUACCCGUGGCUUCGGAUGACAUCUAUGCCCUCGCUACCCUUCAGACUCUUCUUGGUGGCGGCGGAUCUUUCUCCGCUGGUGGGCCUGGCAAGGGCAUGUAUUCUCGUCUGUACACCAAUGUCCUGAACCAGCAUGGCUGGGUUGAGUCAUGUAUGGCAUUCAACCACUCCUACACUGAUUCCGGCCUCUUCGGCAUUUCAGCAAGCUGUCUUCCUGGCCGUACCGCCAACAUGCUUGACGUUAUGUGCCAAGAACUACGUGCUUUGACCCUCACAACAGGUUUCUCACGCCUACAAGAGACCGAGGUUGCUCGUGCGAAGAACCAGCUGCGAUCCAGUCUCCUAAUGAACCUAGAGAGCCGUAUGGUUGAGCUCGAAGAUCUCGGCCGCUCCAUCCAGGUCCAUGGCCGCAAGAUCCCCGUCAAGGAUAUGUGCCGUCGCAUCGAGAACCUUACAGUGGAUGACCUCCGCCGUGUGGCCAAGAUGAUUGUUGGCGGUAAGGUAAAGAACCCUGGUGGCGGAAGCGGUGCCCCUACCGUGGUGCUCCAGGAAGCUCAGGCAUAUGGCGUAAGCAGCCACUCGAUGAGCUGGGAUCAGAUUCAAGAUCGUAUCGAUAGCUGGAAGCUUGGCAGCACAUAA